AUGGCCCGCGACGGCGACGGGACCUCCAGGUUGAACGUUGUAUAGUUUUAGCCUAGACUUUUGCCGGUAAAACUUUUCUAAAUCUACGUUCUAUUUAACUCCCUCCGGUAACACCCUAAUGGCCACAAUCUUCAUAAAGUCACCCUCUCUAAUUGUGUGCAUGUAUACAUGACGUCUACAAUCAAAAGCACAAAAUAAUAUCGCGUUCAAAAAUCGCCCAAUUCGUACCAAAACGCACAACCUGUCCGCGUUUCUGAAACAUUUUUACGGAUCUUUAGCAGGAGACAAAGUAAAUGCGUCAAUAAAAUAAAUAGUGAAAGAAUUAAUAAGGUAACCUAUGAAAGAAUUUAUUUGGUGAUUGAUAAAUUCAGUAACUUAUUAACGAAAUAAUAAAGCACAUACUUUACAUUAAAAAAGAAACAUUUAAGAAUUCAUUAACCAUUUGUCAAAGAACUGAAAAAGUGAUAAACCGGUACACAAGCAAAUCUGUGAUCUCUGUGUGGCUCGGAUCCAAGAAUCAUUAUUCUCCUCCACCGAGACUAGCUUUUUCGAAAAAUAAAACCAACUGCAGAUAUAUUUUUUAUACGUCGCCAGACGAGUUGUCGCCUUACCCCCCCACGCAACUGCAAGAAGGUUGCGGCGAAUUCCACUUAUUAAGCAUUUAUUUGAUAACUGAUGUUGAUAAGAAACUAGGGUUUUUAUUAAUAAACCUGAUUUUUUGAUACUGUGCUGUGAAAGUCGAUAGACGAAAAAGUGCGCGAGCUUUUAGACAGAUCGUCAAAAUGGGAUGCAACACCAGCAAGGAAAGCGUUCAGCCGGCAGCAGAAGAGGCGAAGGAGGAUGUUAAGAAUGGCGAUAUCCCAAAGACCACAGAGAGCGGCACAUCUGACGUGUCCUCUAAAGAGAGCAGACAGACGGAACAAAAGGAAGAAGACAAGACGACAGACAAGGAAGAAGUAGCUGCGACGAGGAUACAAGCAGCUUUCCGUGGCCAUCACGCUAGGAAGAGUAUGAAAGAUACGGAAACCUCGACGAAGCAGUCGGAGUCCAAAUCAGAUUCAGAACCUACUCUGGAACAGUUGCAGGAGGAGUUUCGCUCAGACGAUAAGGAGCUCUCCGACGCAGCUACUAAAAUACAAGCCUCAUUCCGCGGCCACAUGUCGAGAAAAGAAGGAGCAAUCGGCGCAGUAGCCAAAACUGCGGAGGAUUUUGUGGAGAAUGCAGCCAAUAAAAUAGAAAAGACGAUGGAUGACGCCGUCAACGAGCUAGAGGGAAUCGAUCUUUCCGAUCCCGACCUACACAAGGCGGCAACCAAAAUCCAGGCUAGUUUCCGAGGACACAAAGUCCGCCAGGAGGUACCCAUUUCUGGUACGGAAGAAAAAAAGUAAAAAAGUAGAAGAAGCCAAUAAGCAAUUAUGAAUUUACCAAGGAACACGAGUAACCCGAGUGAUCUUCAAAGGGCUACGAAUUAUAAGUUCCUUUUCAUUUGUCGCUGAGCCUCUCAAAACCUACGAUACUGUGUUCGAUUCAUCUUUUUCUGAUACAAAGAAAUGUUUUAUCGCCUCAUUACUUCAAAUUAAAAGCUCGAAAUUGUCAAAUUCGACCAAAAGCAAUGACAAACAUCAUUAAACAAUUUUAAAUUUCGUACAGUCGGGACUCAGCACUUUUAUAACAAUUUUUAUCUAAGGUUUCAUCUACGUAACAAUUUCGGAACGUAGUAACAUACCUGAUGUAUUGUAUUGAUAUUGUAUAGCAGUAUAUAACUGUAUUAUAAACUGUUAUUUAACAAAGUAACAUAAGAAUUAUGUUGCCCUGUUUCGUAUCUGUCUUAUAAAAUAGUUACAUAAAUGUUAUAGAACAUAGAUAUGUAGAACUGGUAUGAAUUUGACUCAAAUAACGAACACACUUACAAACUGAACCUAAUAAUUCAAUUAAUACAUUCCCAACUAUACUCAACUGUAAUUAUCUUCCAAGUAUUAGUAUGAAAAAACCGAGUACGUAAUACCACUGCUGUGAUUGAAGAUUAUUUAAAUUUAUUUUUCAUGUUUUAACUCUUAUUUAAAGACAUGAUUAAUGUUUAUGUGAUUAUCGAUUGAAGAAAAUUAUACAUCAUUUAUUUCCGAACACUGACUUACGUCACUUCGCUAUAAGACUCGACCUGGAAAAAGUCGACCGUGAAAAAAGUAUUUCUCCUGCGUUAAGCUUUAAUAACUAUCGUAAAAAUAGAGAUAACGUGUAAUCGUCCAUUCCAGGAUUCUACAUUUUCUGUAAUGCAUCAUGUAAAACAAACUAAUCGUUCAAACGUACUUUCAACAAGGGUACUACGGCCAUAAAUUUAGUUUGCUCGUCAAAAUGCCCAUAAUAGUUGAAUUUAUUCAAUUUUGAAAAAUGUAUUGAUGAAACAAUGUACCGAAAAAUUUUGAGCACUCUAAGGGGGGAGCAACAGCUAUAGUUAAGGUGGUCGUACGGAAAGAUUGAUACAAAAUGAAGGGACAAGAAAAGGAUAUACGAGUCACUAUUCUGGGCUUUUAAAAACUUUAAUUUUUACUUGUUUUUUGUUGUUGUUUUUUUUUAAAUUAUUUUCCCUCAGUACUGUUAAAUAUUUGCAAUCUCAAUAUUUAUUUUAAAUUUAGGACAUCGUUGUUGUAAUUGUUAUUUCACAAGAUAUAUAAAACUGUUAAUUAACUUAAUUUUAUCUACUAAUAAUGAGUUUCAUCGCUAGUAUGAUUUAAGAAAUAAAUAUUAUAUUUGCGUAAAAUUUAUGUGAGCGUACAAGGUGGGUCUGGGACGGAAGAUCUGCCGAUAGAAUAUUCUAAAGACGGGGAAAAACUGAUAAUCAUUUGAAAGUUCCACUGGUACCAAUUUUCGUUUUUUUGAAAACUAUACAGUCCUAUACACACAUCCUAGCAGAUCUCGUCCUAAACUAUUGAAAAUAGUGAAACCUGGAAGUAAAUAAUGAAAUGUAAAACUUUCGAGAAACAAAAUAUUUCGUAAAUUAUGCAUAUACACAUUUGAAUAAAAACUAAACGAUAUUUGCUGAAGUACCCAAGCUGGCAGCGUAUAUGCUAAUAAAAGAAACUUUUAAUCGAUAGAUAUCUAUGUACCAAAGCAUUAUCGUAAUAAUGAUAUAAUAAAGAGUUCAUUCCGCCGUAUUAAUGACGAUUUAUUUUUUAAUGAUGAAGAAAAAAUAUAUAUAAAUAUAUUUUUCUGCGUUAGAUUCUACAAAGUGUUGUAAACACGUAAGAGAAAACGCUUGAUGAAAAAAUAACUAAAGCGCGAAGGUCGCGUAUUGCAAAAGCAACUGUCGUAUAUUAUUAUAAAGUUUUGACGCUGUCAAGCGAAAAAUAUCGUGUCUUUCUAUUAUGACUCUAGUCAAUCUAACUUAAGUCAGUCUUUAAUAAAAGACACGUUGUUUUUAGCAGGCCUAAAACUAUGUACCACACCUGAUUGAUUUUUUUUUAUUUCUAAUCUCCAUCAGAGCUGAGCUCCAAUACGAAAUGAUUUUUCUUACAGUAUUGUGUUUUUAGUCUGUACUAUUCUUUAAAUAAAAUCCAUUUUUUCUUUUGAGCUUCAGCUUUGAUGGAAAAUGAACAACGAUUCUUCUUUGUAAAAAUGGUGUGAGGACGAGGAACACAUCAAAAUCGAAGGUGUGAAUGGAAGAAAAAUAGUUGAGCUAUUGCAAAGAAUUGGAAAGCGAACGAAUUUGAAAGUUUUGCCAGGAAGGCGAGUGCUUUUAGCUGAAAGUUUUCGGGAAGUUGCCACAUCCUUGAUUUAUUGCUCCUUCGUUCUCGAGGAAUGCGGUGAGUGAGAUCAAGUUUAGCACUAGCCGCAUCGGCCAUUAAAGUAAGAAUCUUGCUUUAGUUAUUGUUGCUUUGUUACCCCUUAUUAAUUUUAUCGUUGUCUGUAAUAUAGUAUAUUAAGUGCGACGCAGCAUAACUUUCGAGAUUUAUUAUCUUCUGUACGUGUACUUCUACAUUUUUUAUACUGUUCUACACCCCUACAGAAUUGAGCAUUGUAAAUCCAAGUAUAGCCUAUGGUAAACAAUGACCAAAACAGCUGAUGACCAAAAAUUUAAUACAUGGCUCUGAUUCAAUGUCAUCUUUAAACAUCACCAGGAUAACAAAUAUAAAACCACUAAAAUAUGCAACAUUUAGAAUAGGACAGGAAUUUUUAACUUAUCAAGUUCUCGCAUUUUGGUUAUAUUUACAAUACAAUAAUCAAGAUCAAACUUUUAGACUACAAAAAAAGAAAAUACUUGCACGCAAAGUAGGAAUAUGCACGAAAGGUAAAAGUAGAAGUUCCAAUUAAUUAUGGGUAAUAAAAUAAACGAAAAGUAAAAUAUUUCACUCGCAAUUCUGUGAAUACGCUUGACACUUUUACUUCGUGAUAGAACUGGUAAUGAAUUUCAUCAUUGGUUUAUCAUCUACUGGUCCUGUUCAAUUAUUGUCCAGUAGUGGGCCAGUACGGAAAAUAGUUAUCAUCAGUACUGGCGCAAUACCGUUCCAGCUGCAAAUUUAAACCUAGACAAAAUUCAGACACGCAAAAUAAAGUUACUCUAAUGCACAUUACAGCCUACAGAUUUGAUAUAGAUUACAAUUUAAUGGUAAGCUUUUAGGAGACUCUCGUGUUAUCGUGAAGAGUGCCCGUAUCGCGCAAAGUGUCUACUAGUAAGACGAUUCUGGAAAAAUAAAGCUUAAAAACGAAAAUAAUAUUCAAUCGAUUUUGUUUCAGUCGUAACUAUUUGAUGUGCUAAUUUGAUCUUUUUUUGUAAAAAUUAUAAGUGUUUCAUAAAUAUAUUAUAAAUUUCGAAAUAGUUGAAUCAUAGCUUUAGGAGCUUUGAUUCAUAAAGCAGAAAAAUUCAGGGAACACCAAUAUUUGUUGGGCAAUUCAUGAAAGCAUCGUCCAAAAUUUUGGACUGCACCAUUCAUCUUCAAGAUAUAGGUAGUUUUCAUUGAUCGCAUCCGAUCUCGUAUUCCAGACCAGGUGUUAAGAUGUACGUGAUGCGAAAAUGUUCGAAUAUAUUCCCUAGCAAAUGGCAUAUUUAACGGCUAGAUUUUGGUAGGAAUCACGUUUGCAAUUGACUUUUUCAAGGAAAGUUAUAAAUAAAAAUCAAGAAAUGAAAAUUGCAUUCCCACAGGUUUAUUCCCAUACCUAAAAUAGUAGAUAUGACAAAAAAUAUCAAAUAUAUAGUUUGACUAUUUCAAGGCUUUUACAGUUAUAUUUAUUAUUAUUUUAUUUUAGAAACUAAAAACUUAGUCGGUCUUUUUGUAAAUAUAGGUAACUAUAUUUUCUACAGAAAUCUGUAUAACUGUUAAAUUAUAUUCCUUUAAACUCCGUUGACUAAAAAAUAUUAUUUCUGCAAUCACUUUUUUCCCCUUAUUUUAAAAAUUAUUAAACUAUGAAUAAUGAUACCAAAAGAUCGAAAUUAUUUGAUUAAUAUUUAUAAUUCUUUAUUAACGACAGACAUUUUCCUCGAUAUGACUUUGCGAUUACAAGGGAUAGGUAACAUUAGAAUUAUAAGUGUAUUAAAUUAUUGUAAUAUUCUAUCGAGCAGCAUCAUGUAUAUGUACUUUGUUUGUUUAAAAUAAAUAACCAACAAGU